GAACCUGGCCCCUCGGGUAACCCCAGCUUUCCCCUCCAUCCCGAUGCACCCGUGCGUGCAAACCACGCUCCUCCCUCUUCGGUGCUCUAGCAAAGCCAGAGCAGGAGGAGAGCCCCAUGGGCUGGGACGUGCCGUCACCUGGGCACAAACUGAGGCACGGUGAGGGACGCUGGCCACUGAGCAAGAUGGGGCUCCAGGGCUUGUGGCCGGCUGGAACGAGAUGGGGAGCGGACAUUGUGUCUUCAUGUGAGAAACGGGAGCGCGCCGGGCAGCAUCCAGCUGGACCCACAGGCACUGUCAGAAAGGAUCCCAGUGAGGAGCAGGCAUUUUCCGGAGCCCACCGUGCAGCUGCGUGUUCACCGUUUGGACUCGCUCCCUGGCUGCCCCAUCCCACCCCGUGCCUGCCCACAUCCAGGCCUGCUGCCUCCCUCCAGGACGUGGGGUGGCCUCCCCCAGCCCACAGUGCCCCUCCCCUCCUCUUCCCUGCAGCCCCACAGGCGUUUCUCAGCCACAACCCCAUGUCAUUCCCGACCCCCUCCAACAUCCCCAUCCUUACGCAUACCUGCAAACAUUUCUUCUCCCCUUGCUUCUCAUACGCAAGCAUGGGUCCUCUCCCUCCAGUCACAGUAAUGCUCAUCCCACUCCAGCUCCCUUUCCCUCCUGCCCAGCCCACGGGAAGCUCGUGCCCAGCCUCUGCCCAUGCCAGGACAGCCUGCCUUUCCAUGAGGCUCUCUUGGGGAUCAGCAUCUCCUCUCUGCGCAGCCAGGCUCCUGCUCCCCCCCAGACAGCUCUCCCCUGGCUUUGGCCCCAGCCGCCUUUCACUGCUGUGUCCGUGCUGCCCCGAUGCUCUACCCACGGCUUUCCCUGCCGCACCGCUCCAUGCUGGAAGGGGAAUGGCAAAAUCCAAAGCCCUGGUGAUGCCAGUCAGCCACUCUGCUUUGCGGGAUCUCUGGGAUCGCCUGCCGGCUCCCACCACCACCCCUCAUUUUUUAAUCUCCACAAGUGAGCUGAGAAUUAAUUAUUUAGCAGCUCACAGAAAGCAUCGGGAAGGUCUAAAACAUGCUGAGCUGCAGCUUUAGCUCCUACCUACCCCGGGGAGAUCGCCGGCUGCAUCCCUAACGUACAGCACGCUUAAUAUUGUAUGUUGAUUAAUUGCUUCAUUUCCUUUCUCCUGAGGAGCCGUGAGUUUUAGCUCGUGGAUGAAUCCGUCUCCGGAAGAAAUCAGCUCCUGCAGGAAGCAAGACAGAGCCCUGGCCAGAGAGGAGGGCAGUGGGAAUUCUGGGGUUCCCUGGGGGGAGACCCCCCUGCGUGUGGGGUCCCAGGGCAGGGUGGUGGCAAUCGGGGGGAGCUGCUUCUGAUUUACACCCACAGAAGCCAGGCCAGCACUGCCAAAGCUGCUGGGAUGGUGAUGCCGGUUUCUUCUCCGAGUGAAUGGAAACAAGGGGCUGGGAGGGUGACAGUGCUGGAGCGUUUCAGCUGCAGAGCCCAAAAUCCCACCGACAUCCCAGGCAGCUCCAUGGAAGGGCGGCUGUUGGGGCAGGAGGUGGCUGGGAGCAUGCUGGUGGUGACAGCUACACCCCGUGUGCACCUACACCUUGCAGGGGGACCCCAUGGUGGGGACAGGGAUGGAGCAGACCCUGCGAGCAGGUUGAAGCCCAGGUACCUCUGCCAAACAUCCCAGGGUGUCCCAUCUGUAGCCCAGUGUGUCUGGGAUGGCAGCACCCUGCAAGGUCCCCGCUCUGGUGGGAUGCACUGCAGAGCCAGGAGGUGCCCAGGGAGGACAAGGAGGGGGACUGGGCACCCGCCACCCCCCCGGACGAUGCUCAGAGGGGACCCCGGGAGGCUGUGUCUGUGUCAGGAGAUCGC